GAUCUUCAUCCCAUAUUUUGCAUCUUGCCAAGUGACCAUGUCUCCGCCGUGCCAAGGUUGCUUCACAUUCUUAAAGCUGACUCGACUUGGUCGCCGACCUCGGCGUUUGGUCGUCCUUGUUCUCGGCCUUGAUGGAGCAGGGAAAACCAGCGUCCUGUUACGAUUGCAAGGAGAUCCGAAUCAAGCGACCAAGACAUCAUGGGGUUUCACCACUGCAACUGUGCCGUUUGACUUGCCAAAGAACGUCCGAGAAUCAGCUGACGAUGAUCAGAAUAAGAAGAGAUCAAAGAAACAGAAACCCGACAGAGUGACAGUGACAUUGUAUGAUAUAGGCGGUGAUGUAAAGAUUCGACCCAUUUGGAAAAACUACUAUGCAGAGGCGCAUGCAUGCAUAUAUGUGAUCGAUUCUGGAAACCGCGAACGAAUUUCCGAAGCGUCUGAGGCGUUGAAUGAAGUAUACCAAGAUCCCAGAAUGAAAGGCAAACCUUUACUAAUCCUCGCAAACAAACAAGACGCAACCAACGCCCUAACUCCGGCAGAACUGUUUGAAACUUUAAAGAUCCAGCACUUGGUGCCCGAGAACAAAACCCUGGUUACAGACACUGUGAACCCGGACAUUGACGGGUGGUGGGCAUCGAUAAAACCGUGCAUAGCCAAUGUUCCCGAUCCUGAUCUCGAUGGUUCAGCCUUUGCUAGUGAGAUGCAUAUUCUGCCCUUGUUCCGGGUGAUCUUAAACAGUCUCUCCACUCUGGAACCGCGAUGCCGAAAGGAUGUGGAGGAACAACAGGAAGAAUGGGACAAGGAUAGAAUGGAACAAAGGAAAAGGGUGGAUGAUUAUCGCCAGGAGCAGGAGAAGAAGGAAAAAGCAAAGACCAAAGGCCCCGACAUUGUAGGGAGUAAGGAGUUGCACAAGGAAGUCGAAACUUCACCUGUGGGAUUCAAUGACGAACCUGAUCAAAAGAACGGCGCGACAGAGGUCAAAGGCGAAUCAAAAUCGACUGCCCCAACCGCAAUCAACGACGGACCACAGCAAAAAGGGACAUCAUCAGAGGCGGUGACGGAGCAUUCGGCUUCACACCCGGCAACAACCCUCUUUGGGGCAAAAAGCAAGAACAGAAUAUAUCCAGUUUCUGACUCUACGGAACAUCACGUACAAGAGACGCCUUCUGAAACAUCAGCAAAACGGUCAAACACAGUGCACCCCGAGGCAAUCCUCGUCGAAAGCGCAUCAACUGCCGGCAUCCAGCAUCCUCCAUCGCCUUUUGGUGUGCCAGUGACGAUUGAGAACAUCCACACUGACGGACACGCUGACGGUGAGCAAAGCCCACAAGCUCCACGAUUCACGCUUGGGUCGGUUCCGCCCAUAUCGUCACCACUAACGUCUUCCGAGUCGACGUUUGGCAGAGCGCGCAUUUUAGCACCGCUUGACGAGAGUGCCCCAAUGCAUACGGCCAAGCCUCGGGUGCUCGCCCCUCUUGCUACGACAGCCCCGACAUCUGGGGCUUUGCGAUCAUGAUACUUCAAUACUAUCUGAAGGAAAAAUACAACACGAACAUGUAUAUUGAUUAUGUCAAGUAAAUAGAUGGAUUCUGUACAGUCA